GUUCCUAGUUUGCCGUUGAAUCUUGAAUCUCCUGUAUAACAAUUUGUUCUUUGUCACAUCAAGUUUUUCAUAGUUCUCAUGCAAGAUCAUUUCUAACAAUGAUCAUGUCAUAUGGAGAAUGGAUGAUUUUCCUAGGCCCAGUCUUAUUUUUGGUGAGUUCUGGACAAGGACAGGAAUGUACUAUGAUAAUCAAGAAUAUUGAGUACUCGUGUUCUGGAAGAAAUUUGACCCAUAUUCCCUGCAGUCUUCCUGUCACUGUGAAGUCUCUGGAUUUCAGUUUCAAUUUCUUGAGCUCUUUACACAGGUGUGCGUUUCCUGUAUUGGUCAAUUUGCAAGUCUUGGAUCUCACGAGAUGCCACAUCAAGCACAUUGACAAUGAUACUUUCUACAAUGUGAAGAAUUUGACUACUUUGAUUCUUACUGGAAACCCUAUUACAUAUUUUGGACCUGGAUGCUUUAAUUCUUUACAUAAUCUACAAAGACUAGUGCUUGUGGAUGUUGGUCUCUCAUCAUUACAGCUUCAAAUAAAUAACCUAACCAAGCUGCAUGAGCUUAGAGUCGGGACAAAUAACAUCCAGUCCAUGUCUCUCCCUUCGUUCAUGAGCACCUUCAAAGACUUCAGUUUACUUGAUCUACACGCCAAUAAUAUAUCCAUCAUAAAAAACGAUGACACAAUUGUGUUGCGAGAGAUCGGCAGAAACAUGACUUUGAUUCUUUCUAGGAAUCACUUAUUAUACAUUGAACCAGAAGCUUUCAAAGACAUUUAUCUCAAAGAGUUUCACAUACAAUCUGCCUUUGUUUCAUUAAAUGCACAAAAGGAGUGUCUAGAAGCUCUCACUGGUCUCAGUGUGGAUAAGUUGUUCAUAGGAAGCUACAGAAUGCAAUGGAAAGUCAAGGUGUCAAAUGAAAGUUAUCUUGAUGGUCUUUGCUCAGUUAAUUUCAAUGAAAUAUAUUAUGUUCAGAAAGAAUUUUCUGAAUCUGAAAUGCACGUGUUCCGCUGUAUGAUCAAUGCGACAAAAAUCACAGUGAAAAGUGGAUAUAUUAAAAGAAUGGAAUAUAUUCCAUUUCAUCGUCUUAAAGAACUGUAUUUAGGCACCACUUUAUUAUCAACUGUACCGCGGAUUUCACACAUACCUACCUUAGAAAAACUAGUGGUGAGGAAUAAUAAACCCAUGACCUUUUAUGGUAUUAGUGAUUUGCCUCUUCUUCAGUUUGUAGAUUUGAGUGGAAACUUUUUGAUUUUGAAGGACUGCUGUUCCCAAUUUUUUCAGAGGACACCAAAUAUUCAUUACAUGAAUUUUAGUCUAAACUCAGAAAUAAGGAUUGCCGAUAAGCCGUUUUCUGGAUUAGACUUGCUUGAAGUGUUGGACUUCCACCGUACAAGACUAGUCCUAGUUUUCUACUUUGGAUUUUUACAUGGUCUGAAAAAUUUAAAGUAUUUGGAUAUAUCUUACACAACUAUUACUUUCACACGACAAAUUAUUUUUCAGGACCUGAACAAUUUGACUGUGCUUAAAAUGGCAGGAAACAGUUUUCGUGGGGAUGCAUUGAGUUACCUCUUGCAAAAUUUAACAGGUUUAGAGGUUCUUGACAUCUCACACUGUGGCAUUGAAGAAAUCCCCAGCAUAUCUUUUAUUGGCACCCAGAAAAUACAGUAUUUAUAUUUAAGUCAAAACAAGUUGAUGAUUUUGGAUUUUUUGGGCCUCCAAAACCUUAAACAAUUAUCAUCACUUUAUGUUGAUAAAAACAGUAUUACUAGCAUUCCCCUUAAUGUUCUUCAAAAGUUGCCCACAAAUCUUUCGGAGUUUGAUUUAUCUUCUAACCCCAUCGAUUGCACCUGCUCCCAGACAGAUUUUAUUUGGUGGAUUAUCCAAAAUCAGAAAAUUUUGAAGCAGCCGGAAAAUAUUUUCUGUAAAACCACAGAUUUUAGAGCAACAGACUUUGACAUUGACAGCUGUGUGCACAAGAAAAGACUCCCAAUUGUUUUAUCUGUAAGUUUUGUUACAGUAGUUCUGUUGUCAUUCUUGGUUUACAGGUUUCAGUUUUAUCUUCAGUAUUGCUGUAUACUACUGAGAGGCUAUAGAUCACCUGGACAGCAAGAAUGUUCCUAUGACGCGUUUGUGAUUUUCUCCAGCUAUGAUGAAGUCUGGGUCAUGAAUGAACUGAUGGAGAAUCUGGAGAACAGUGUUCCACCAAUUCAGCUUUGCCUUCAUAUGCGGGACUUUCAGGCAGGGAAGUCCAUCGCUUCCAACAUUAUCGAUGAAGGUAUAAUGGGCAGUCGUAAAGUCAUUGUGGUCGUGUCUCAACACUUCAUUGAUAGUGCCUGGUGUCGCUUUGAGUUUGAAUUAGCUCAGUCUCGCUUUAUGAUGGAACGCAAUGCCAACAUCAUCAUCAUCAUUCUGGAAGAUGUGGAAGAGACUAAGACUAAGAAAGUGUUUGGACUUCAUAAGCAUCUGAAAAAGAACACGUACCUAAAGUGGAGCAGAGAUCCUCUGAGUAACAUGAGAUUCUGGAGACGCCUCAGGGAAGCUAUUUUGGAUUAUUAA